CAACUCCAGCAAGCACAUAAACCGGGCGGAAGCCUUGACUUGGUUCGGACCAAAGGUGGAAUGGGCCCAGCGAUGGCCAGAUAUUUGUGGAAAAGGACGGGGAAUUGAAAAUAGAAAAAAGGAACAAAGCGGAAAGAGAAAAACUUUUAGAACCGAAGGAGCCUGUUUGUUUAUUAUAAUCGAUCAUCUUGCAGUUGGAGGAGGGAGGUUGGUUUGUGGACGGGAAGAAGGUCGGCACAGGCGACGUCUCUCCACCACCACCCUCCUACUAUUACUAUAUAGACAGACCCAAGGGCCAAACCCACAACCUCUCCGACCCUCUCACAGCCCCCCGCGCCUUCCUUUCCUACUCCUACCACCUCCUCCCUCCUCCCCAAUAACUCAACACAACCUCCUUCCUAACAACUUAAAUCCACAAAACAGCCUUCUCCCCGCGAAACCGCUUCCUCCCCCGGUUUUGCCGAGACCCCCGCCCCAUCGCGGGAUCCGGUUUCCCGGCCAUGGCGAGGAGGAAUUGCGAGCUCUGCGCGGGCGAGGCCUCCGUCUUCUGUCUGCCCGACUCCGCGUUCCUCUGCUGGUCAUGCGACGCCAGGGUCCACGACGCCAACUUUCUCGUCGCCCGGCACCUCCGGCGGCCUGUCUGUUCUUCCUGCCAGAAACCCGCCGGAGGUGCCUUCUCUGGGGCCGUGGUUUCGCCGUUGUGGCUAUUUUGCAACUCGUGCAAGGGGGAGGAAGACGAGGAGGAGGAGGAAGAGUCUUCGAGCGCGGAGUCGUACGCUGCGGCUGGGGUGAGGGAGAAGGCGGGCUGCGGAAUGAAGAGGGCGGAUAGCGCGUCGAUGGCGACUACCACGGAGGAGGAGGAGGAGGGUCCGAGGGUAGCGAUGAGGAGGAGGAACGGCAGAAGCAGCAGGAGGCGGCACGGGAUGGUUGGACAGAUGGACGCGAGGGCGGAGGAGGUGCUGGAGCGGUGGGGGAGGAGGCUGGGGCUGCGAAACGCCUGCGCUUCGGUGCCGCUUGCGAUGCACGCGUUCGAGGUGCGCGCGCAGAGGAUGGGGGCGGGGUGUUCGGUGAGGGUGUGGCUGGCGGGGUCGCUGUGGCUCGGGGUGAGGCUGUGCGAGAGGAAGGCGGGGCAGGAAGGGUUGCUGAGGAAGCUGGAGUCCGUCGGUGGGGUGCCCUCCAGGAUCAUCCUGCUGGCGGAGUCGAAGUUAUCGCGGAUGCUGAAGCUGAGGGUUGAGGAAGAGGGAUGGGCCGAAUGCUCCUCCUGAUCCGAUGAAUCCACAUCCCAUCUCCUUCUCUGCCAUCCUUCUUCCCUUUGCGGUACACAAAUAUUACUUGUGGAAACGACACGAGUGUUGUUAAACUGGAAGCAUUGCGGCAUAAUGAACGUGUUGGGGAUGUUCCUUUCUUUCUCUGUAAAAGGGGUGGAUUAGUUAACUCUUCUUUUACGGUUGCAUUUGGCUAAUGUGAAUGGAUUAGGGUGGCCUGACGAUCCGAGACUCUCUCUCCCUCUCUCCGCCUGUGCAGGUUUACAGAGUCGACCCUCGAAUGACGACUGUAGUUCAAAGAUUUUACGGGCAGGGGAAAAGUAGGAAGGACGGUCUUUUAUUAUCUGGAUUAGUGGCAUUACUUUGUUCACCGAGAUCAUCGUAUUACUUACUUGGUGCUGCCUCAGAACAGUGUUAAUAAGGCUCUCAGUAUUAAUUUCCUUUUUA